ACCAAACCAAAGGAAAGGCUCAGAAAAGAAAAUGGCAUGCAUAUCAGUGUGGGCGUCACCAGCACCUAAAUCAUUUUCGUUUUCACGACAAACCUUCCCUUUACUUAGGCAAACGCAAAGCUCAACUCUUGGAAGUUGCAGCAUUUACACAAGAAAACUAGGAGAAAAUCUAUUGAAUAAAUGCAAGGGGAGAAGAUACCUAUAUACUACUUCAAAAAGGUUAUCACCCUGCAUUGUAAGGUUGGCGGCAAUGGCCGGUGAAAUGCGGGCUUUUGAUGACACACAGACACCACAAGAAGGAGCAAAGCAGGAGAGGGUUGGGUUUUGGACAAGAAUGGGGAAAUCUUUGGAAGUGGUGCCUGGUUCCCCGGGGUUCAUGGCGAUGAUUCCUUUGACUCAUUUGCUGUGUCUGUUUGCCCCAUUUUGUUUCAGUUGGGAUGCUGUUGGCCUUGCACUUGGGUUGUACAUCAUCAGUGGGCUGGGUGUUACUCUCUCUUAUCAUAGGAAUCUGAGUCACCGGAGUUACAAGCUUCCCAAAUGGCUUGAGUACUUUUUUGCCUAUUGUGGUGUUCAUGCUUUUCAGGGAGAUCCAAUUGGAUGGGUGAGUAACCAUAGAUAUCACCAUCAGUAUGUGGAUACUAAGAAAGAUCUUCACAGCCCCAUUGAAGGAUUUUGGUACAGUCACGUAGGUUGGAUAUAUGACACCAAAUCCGCUAAUGAAAGGAGUGAAAGGCCGACAAAUGUAGCAGACUUGGAGAAUCAAUUCUUCUACAAGUUCAUUCAUAAUACCUAUGUUAUUCACCAUAUUAUACUUGCGACAUUGCUGUAUGCCAUUGGCGGAUUUCCAUACAUAGUUUGGGGCAUGGGAGUAAGAAUUGCACUUCUGUAUCACGUAACAUCUUUUGUGAAUUCAGCAUGUCACCAAUGGGGAAAUCGAGCAUGGAACACUAGCGAUCUAUCUACAAAUAAUUGGUUAAUAGCAUUGCUUUCAUUUGGAGAGGGUUGGCAUAAUAAUCACCAUGCCUUUGAGUUUUCAGCUAGGCAUGGUCUAGAGUGGUAUCAACUUGACAUUACUUGGAGUAUUGUGUGGGCACUCCAAGCUGUUGGUCUAGCAACCGACGUCAAAUUGCCAACUAAUGCUCAAAAGAGAGUUGGCUUUCAAAAAUAACUCAAUGGAAACUAUUGAGAUCAUGCAAUCUUAGAAAUAGAGGACAUGAAAUGAUCGAGAAGAAUGCAAUGAUCGAGUAUAUAAUUUCUAAUUGUUGUUGUGGUUGUGGAUGAUUCAUAUGAACACUUUCAUUUGUUGUUAGUACGUUGUUGUGGUGGUGGAUGAUUCAUAUGAACACUUUCAUAUUAUUAUUUUUUAAUGCAAUGUAUUGUUAUUGUUGUUCUAAAACAUUUAUAUUAUUGCAUAAAUUUGUGUGA